AUGGCGGCCUCAGCAGACCCAGGCACCGAGCUGUCAGCGGAGAGAGACGGCGAGUCCCUGCGGAGGAGGCACACUCAGCCCUGGGAAGACCCUCAGCCCUCACACCGGUCCUCACAGGCUGGAACCAUGCCUCUCACAGCAGGGAACCCCGAGACCCUGGGCUAUGUGUGGGAAGAGGAGAACCAGGCGAGCGGGGAGCAGGAGCAGCACUGUCCUGAGCCGUCGCUGUCGCGCUUCAUGGGCACAGAACUCACCAGCGGGUAUUUCCUGGAGCACAAUGAGGCUCAGUACACAGAGCAGCGGGAGAAGGUCUACAGGUGCAUGCAGGUCCCCAAAGAGCUGGAGAAGCUGAUGCUGUUUGGCUUCUUCCUGUGCAUGGACGCGUUCCUGUACGCCCUCACCCUGCUGCCACUCAGAGUGCUGCUGGCCCUGCUGCGCCUGCUCAUGCUGCCCUGCUGCGGCUUUAGCCGCACUCACGUCUGUCCCUACUGCCACAGAACCAGUGGGAGCCGCCUGCUGCAGCCGGCCCAGGUGUGCGACAUCCUCAAAGGCCUGAUUCUGGUGCUCUGCUACUCCAUGAUGCACUACGUGGACUACGCCAUGAUGUACCACCUGAUCCGCGGCCAGUCUGUGAUCAAGCUCUACAUCAUCUACAACAUGCUGGAGGUAGCAGACAGACUCUUCUCUUCGAUCGGUCAGGACGUCCUGGAUGCUCUGUACUGGACUGCCACUGAACCCAAAGCUCGAAAGAGGGACAAUAUCGGAGUCAUCCCCCACUUCUUGAUGGCCGUGGUCUAUGUCUUUCUCCAUGCCAUCCUCAUCAUGGUGCACGCCUCCACACUCAACGUGGCCUUCAACUCGCACAAUAAGUCCCUGCUGACCAUCAUGAUGUCCAAUAACUUCGUGGAGAUUAAAUCCAAUGUUUUUAAGAAAUUUGGGAAGAACAACUUAUUUCAGAUAUCAAACAGUGAUAUUAAAGAGAGGUUCACCAGCUACAUCCUGCUCCUCAUCGUAGUUCUGAGGAAUUUGGAGCAGAUGUCCUGGAACAUGGGUCACCUGUGGAAGUUGAUCCCCACUGUGGUGAUCGUGGUCGUAUCUGAGGUUGCUGUGGACAUUGUCAAACACGCUUUCAUCACAAAAUUCAACAACAUUCGUGCAGAGGUGUACAGUGAGUACAGAGCCAGCCUGGCCUUCGAUCUCCUCAGCAGCCGCCAGAAAAACGCUCACAGAGACUACAGUGACUCGGUGGCCCGCAGGAUGGGCUUCAUUCCACUGCCUUCUGCUGUUCUGCUUAUCCGUGUGGUUCUGACCUCAGUGAAAGUGCAAGGAGCGCUGGCGUACUCCUGUCUGUUCCUCUUGUAUCUGGGGCUCCUCACGCUCAAAGUUCUGAACAGUAUCGUGCUGCUGGGGAAGUCUUGUGUGCUCAUCAAGAGAGCCAACAUGGAGGACAAGCUGUACGAGCAACCGCCAGCCUCCGAGAGCGAGAGCACGGGCGCCACACAGAAGAGCAGCGAGACGGAACCAUGCUCCACACCCACAGCUGAAUCCGUGGAGGAGGUCCCCGUCGAACCUCCCAAGCCGCCCGUCCCCAUCUCCUCGCAGCCCAGCCCCAGGAGCGACCUGUUCCCCUCCUCCGCCCCCAUCGAGGUGUGCUCCGCCAUGACCGCCGACCACAGCCCGCCUCCGGAGCCAGAAGAGCCCCUCCCGUCUCUGUCCAAGGAGGAGGAGGGGGAACCAGGGGCCAACUCUGAGCUCCUGCAGAGGACUUCCAAAGCGGAGCUGCUGGAGAUCGACCGCUUCACUCUGUGUGGGAACCGCAUUGACUAG